UCCACAAUCUCCCCCCUUUAAAGCUGACAGAUUUCUCCCUCUCCCUCUCUCUCUCUCUUGAUUUCAGAUAAUGUUCAGUUUCAUCUCUCCUAUUCCUAUAUGUAUUGACUGCUCUCUCUAGUUUUUCAAACUCAACAGUGAAAUCAAGCGAUGUUGGACUAUGGCUGGGGCAACACGUCCUCGAUCAUCCUCAAUGCCGAUGAACCCGGUCCCGACCCCGAACCCACCCGCCCGGUUUUCGACCCUUACUCUUCCCACUCCUUCUCCGACCCGCCCCCCAAUUUCUCCAACCCGGAAACCCACUUCUCCGCCGCCGUCCACCACCACCACCACCUCCCUUUCCACGCCCCUUCCCCAAACACCCACUUCGCCGCCUUCUACGGCGGCGGCGCGGCGGCCUCAUACGCGCCGCCGCAGCACCCGUCAAUGCUGACGCUCGAACCGGCGGCUUACUCGGUGGUGCCGAAGAGCGAGCCGGUGGGGGGCGGCUUCGACUUCAGCGCGGAGUACAACAGCAGAAUCGGGCUGAACCUCGGCGGCAGGACCUACUUCGCCUCCUCCGAAGACGACUUCGUGAACCGGCUCUACCACCGGUCCAGGAUUUUGGAGCCCGGUUCGGCCAACUCGCCGCGCUGCCAGGCCGAGGGCUGCAACGCCGACCUCACCCACGCCAAGCACUACCACCGCCGCCACAAGGUCUGCGAGUUCCACUCCAAGGCCGCCACCGUCAUCGCCGCCGGCCUCACCCAGCGCUUCUGCCAGCAAUGCAGCAGAUUCCACCUGCUGUCGGAAUUCGACAACGGCAAGAGAAGCUGCCGCAAGAGGCUCGCCGACCACAACCGCCGCCGCCGCAAAUCCCAGCAAAACAACCACGAAAAAUCCCACCCCGAAAUCUCCUCCGCCGCCUCUGAAAACCUAGCAAGGUCACCGCCGGAAUCCGGCCAACACUCUUCCUCGGUGACGGUGGCGAUCUCCCCGCCGAGAAUCUCACUCGAUUGCUUCCGCCACCGCAGCGGCACAGCUCCGUCGUCCAACUCCCUCUUCUACUCCAACGGUUAAUUAAAGAAAGAAAGAAAAUGAAGAGGCUAUUAGCAAUAACAUAGUUGAGAGUUAUGAUGAUUUCCUUUUAAUUUCCUCAUCGUUCUUGUUAACCCUUAUCAUCUAAACUUAAUUUCCUUUUUUUUUAAUCUUAUUAGUAUAAUGAUGAAUUAUUAUGUUUCCGUACGUGUAAGCCAUAUAUGAGCAAUGUACCUUCAUCUACCAA